AUGAAAGUUGUUUCGGCGCUGCUGUUUGUCGCCGUGUUCUGGAGCCUGGAGUGGAAGUCUGCGCUGUCAGACUCUAUCAUCCACAUCGGUGCCAUUUUUGACGAGUCUGCCCGUAAGGAUGACGAGGUUUUCCGGCUCGCCGUGGCCGACCUCAACUUGAACAACGAGAUUCUGGAGACGGAGAAGGUCACCGUAUCUGUGGAGUUUGUGGACGGGAACAACCCUUUCCAGGCUGUCCAAGAAGCCUGCGAGCUGAUGAACCGUGGGAUCCUGGCCCUGGUGAGCUCCAUCGGCUGCAUGUCGGCCGGCAGUCUGCAGACUUUAGCAGACGCCAUGCACAUCCCUCACCUGUUCAUCCAGCGCUCUCCUGGGGGCUCUCCUCGCUCCGCCUGCCCGCCCACCAGCCGCCUCCCCGGAGCAGACGACUACACGCUCAUGGUCCGCCCUCCGGUCUAUCUCAACGAGGUCAUCAUGCAAGUGGUGUCGGAGUACAGCUGGCAGAAGUUUGUGCUCUUCUACGACUCCGAUUUUGAUAUCAGAGGCAUUGAGGAUUUCCUGGAUCGCACAUCUCAGCAGGGUAUGGACGUGUCUCUGCAGAAGGUGGAGUCCAACAUAAACAUGAUGAUCACCAGUCUGUUCAGAACACUGAGGGUGGAGGAGCUGCACCGAUACAGAGACACGCUCAGGAGGGCAGUGCUGUUCAUGAGUCCUGCCACUGCCAAGGCCUUCAUCACUGAGGUAGUGGAGACCAACCUGGUGGCCUUCGAUUGUCACUGGAUCCUGAUAAACGAGGAAAUCUCCGACUACGACCUUCAGGAGUUGGUGAUGAAGUCCAUCGGGCGUCUGACUCUGGUGCGUCAGACCUUCCCCAUGCCCCAGAACACCACCCAGCGCUGCGUGAAGCACAACCACCGCAUCAACACCUCCCUCUGCGACCCCAAGAACCCCCGCGCCCAGCAGCUCGAGAUCACAAACAAAUACAUCUACGACUCCGUGCUGCUGUUGGCCAACACUUUCCACCGUAAACUGGAGGACCGUAAGUGGCACAGCAUGGCCAGUCUGAGCUGCAUCCGCAAAAACUCCAAACCCUGGCAGGGAGGCAAGAGCAUGCUGGAGACUGUCAAGAAGUUUGGAGUCAGCGGUCUCACCAGUUUUCUCGAGUUCACGGACAACGGCACCAACCCCAACAUCUUCUUCGAGAUCCUGGGAACCAACUACGGAGAGGACAGGGGCCGUGGGGUCAGCAGGCUCGCUACGUGGGACCCGGUGCACGGUCUGAACGGUACACUCACCGAUCGGAAACUGGAGAAUAACAUGAGAGGAGUGGUGCUUCGAGUCGUGACUGUUCUGGAGGAGCCGUUCGUGAUGGUGUCAGAAAAUGUGCUGGGGAAACCGAAGAAGUACCAGGGCUUCUCCAUCGACGUCCUGGAUGCCCUGUCCAACUAUCUGGGGUUUAAGUACGAGAUCUACGUCGCUCCAGACCACAAGUACGGAAGCCUGCAGUCGGACGGGCACUGGAACGGCCUGAUGGGAGAACUGGUUUUCAAGCGCGCCGACGUGGGUCUCUCUGCCCUCACCAUCACCCCGGAGAGAGAGAGCGUGGUAGACUUCACCACGCGGUACAUGGACUACUCAGUGGGUGUGCUGCUGAGGAAGGCCGAGCGCACUGUGGAUAUGUUCGCCUGCCUCGCGCCCUUUGACCUUUCCCUCUGGGCUUGUAUCGCCGGCACCGUGCUGCUGGUGGGACUCCUGGUUUAUCUGCUCAACUGGCUCAACCCGCCCCGCCUGCCCAUGGGAGCCGUGUCCUCCACCACGCUCUACAACUCCAUGUGGUUCGUGUACGGCUCCUUCGUGCAGCAAGGAGGAGAAGUGCCCUACACCACCCUGGCCACUCGCAUGAUGAUGGGGGUGUGGUGGAUGUUUGCUCUCAUCGUCAUCUCCUCGUACACGGCCAACCUGGCAGCCUUCCUCACCAUCUCCAGGAUCGAGAACUCCAUACAGUCUCUGCAGGACCUCUCCAAACAGACGGAGCUUCCUUACGGGACAGUCCUGGACUCGGCCGUGUACGACCAGGUCCGCUCCAAAGCCAUGAACCCCUUUGAGAGAGACCCCAUGUACGCUCAGAUGUGGCGCAUGAUCAACCGAACCGGGGGAGCUGAUAACAACGUGGAGGAGUCCAGGGAGGGCAUCCGGAAGGUGAAGUACGGUCGCUUCGGCUUCGUGUGGGACUCCGCAGUCUUGGAGUACGUUGCCAACAACGACGAAGACUGCUCCUUCUACACCGUCAGUAACAACGCUCCAGACCGCGGAUAUGGCAUCGCUAUGCAGCACGGGAGCCCGUACCGAGACAUCUUCUCUCAGAGGAUCCUGGAGCUUCAGCAGAACGGAGACAUGGACGUGCUGAAGCUGAAGUGGUGGCCUCGUGACAGCCCCUGCGACCUGUACAGCUCAGUCCAGACGCGACGCACCGGAAACGCCCUGGACAUCCACAGCUUCGCCGGGGUCUUCUGCGUGCUGGCGGCCGGCGUGCUCCUCUCCUGCCUCAUCGCCAUGGUGGAGAGCUGGUGGUCCAGACGAAAGGGCUCCCGCGUGCCGUCCAAGGAGGACGAUAAGGAGAUCGACUUGGAGCACCUACACCGGCGCGUUAACAGCCUGUGCACCGAGGACGACAGCCCCCACAAGCAGUUCUCCACCUCUUCCGUUGACCUAACGCCUCUCGACAUGGAUGCCCUCCCGGCCGCUCGCCAAGCCCUAGAGCAGAUCAGCGACUUCCGUAACACCCACAUCACCACGACGACCUUCAUCCCAGAACAGAUCCAGACGCUGAGCCGAAGCCUGUCCGCCAAAGCCGCUGCCGGGUUUUCCGCUGGGUUCGGGGGAAGUGGCGGGGGCGGACUGCAGGACCACCGGACUGGGCCGUUCAGGCAGAGGGCUCCAAAUGGUGGGUUUUUCCGGAGUCCGAUCAAAACAAUGUCCUCCAUUCCCUACCAGCCGACCGGACCCGGGCCCAACUUCGGAUAUGGCAACGAUCCGGACAGGGGCACCUCCAUUUAA